AAAGCAAAGUGGAAACAGUAUUUCAUUGCUCAGUCAGGGUGUGUAAGAAAACGUGGUUAAUGCUGGACCAGGACGUGUCAAUUUUGACACGGCAAUGAUCAGACCACUUGACACAAAAAAGGGACAAAAACUGCAGCACAAGAAAGUGUUGAUUUCAUAACUGACCCCAUGGAGAUGGUAGUAGCUACAAACGCCACCAACAAUGACUCUUGUACCAACCUGUAUGAUCAUCGUGGUUGGGCACAGUAUUUUUUGCCUGCAAUAUAUUCUCUGAUUUGCAUUGUGGGACUGCUGGGCAAUGCGUUGGCUUUGCAUGUCAUUUGGCCUAAUUUAAAAAAAAUCAACUCCACAACAAUGUAUUCAGCCAACCUGGUGGUGUCGGACAUCUUAUUUUCAUUUGCUCUGCCCUUGCGUGCAGUUUACUAUGGCAAGGGGUUCCAUUGGCCAAUGGGGGAGGGUUUAUGUAAGGCCGUGGCGCUGCUGUUCUACAUCAACAUGUAUGCCAGCGUCAACUUCAUGACUUGUUUGAGCGUGGACCGUUUCAUUGCAGUGGUACUGCCGCUGCGCUUUUCCCGAUUCCGAAAGGUUCAGAAGGUGCGGUACAUCUGUGCUGCUGUAUGGGUCGUUGUGUUGAUGCAGACCCUGCCUUUGCUGUCAAUGCCCAUGACGAACGAGGAGGAAAGUGGACAUAUAACAUGUAUGGAGUAUCCCAACUUCGAGAAGACUGACAACCUGCCUGUCAUUCUCAUCGGAGCUGUGUUGAUUGGCUUCGGCAUCCCUGUGAUCACCAUCCUGAUGUGUUAUUCGGCACUGUGCUCCAAGCUCCGCCUCCUGGCCAAGUCUAAUAAACUGACAGAGAAGUCGGGUCGUAGUCGUAAAGCCAUCGGCGUGAUUUGUGCCGUCAUUCUCGUAUUUGUGGUGUGCUACACCCCAUAUCACGUCGACCUCCUGCAGUACAUGAUCAGAAAGCUGCGGUACAAGCCAGACUGUUCAGAACUGCAUGACUUUCAGAUCUCCCUUCACAUCACCGUCUGCCUGAUGAACCUCAACUCAUGCCCGGAUCCCUUUAUCUACUUCUUUGCUUGCAAGGGAUACAAGAAAAAGGUACUCAAACUGCUCAGGAAGCAAGUCAGCAAUGUCCCACUCUCGAGUGUGGUCAGGACCUCACCUGAAGGCUCCUCCAAAGAUGUGUUUGGGAAUGAUAAAAUCCAUAUGAGCUCCAGAAGCAAUCAGAAAGAGAGGAGCAGCAUGCUGUUGAGCAACAGCGAUGGUUAUGAACUAUAAGCAACAACAAGAAACGCAGUUCACUGACUAUAUGCGACUUUCCUAAAUUUCUCACCUCUGGAUUAUUUUACAGUGUUUCAAGCUAUUGGUUCAGAUGGUGGUUAAUAUUUUGUUACGCUGUUCAAAGAAUAUUGCACAUUUGUCUUACAUACUGUAGUUCAUCUGAGUGCUAGAAUUUGUUUUUCAGUUUUUUUUAUUGAUCUUUUGAAUAAUAAUAAUAAUAAUAAUAAUAAUAAUAAUAAUAAUAAUAAUAAUAAUAAUAAUAAUAAUAAUAAAUAGCCAAAAUGACAAAUUUUUAUAUGCAGUGACAUGAUGAGCUACAGCAGUCUAGUACCAAGAAACGAUGCUUGUGGUGAUUUUAAUGUAGCCUAAUGACUCAAAUCUUCUGAUUCCACUCACAAGAAAAAAAUUCAAUCACUGAUUCUUCAGUGAGCCUUUUGAUCCUUAAUCAUUACAACACUGGGAUAUGACCAGAGAGUCACUAAAUUAAUCUUUUUGUUUUAACUGAAGUCGCUCCCUUUAUACUGUAGGUAUGUUAAGGGUUUGCUAUUUUUACCUGCCCUCAAAGAGUGUAGCACAAGCAAGUGGCAUUAUAAUGUGUGUUAAGAUGAUCAUGCCCAAAACCCCCUUAAGAAACUGUAGCGAGCUGUCUUACUGGAAAGAGUCACUCUUUUAUCUCGAUGGCUCCUUAUGCAUCAUAGUAGUGUCUCAGGAUGAUAAACUUAACAAUCAUACUGACAAUCAACUGUGUCAUCAUUCAUUUAAAUCGUCCAGAUGAGCUUUCACGGCACACAAGACUUAAAUUGAUAAUUUCUAAUUUGGAGCUAUUUUACAGCAACAUAAUUAUCAAGUUGGACAAAUGAGUAUUUAAAUGAUGCUAUUUGAUUUUGACCAACAACUAGCUAUGUUUACAUGGACACUUUUUGUUUCAGCUGGAAAGAAUAAAAUAAAAAAAAAUUAAA